CGACGCGUUAAUGAGCUACACGUUUUCGAUAACAUAUUUACGUUUAUGUAGAAAUAUUGAAAAGAAACAGUAAAUUGAAAAAAAUUAAAUUAUUACAUACAUUAAUGCAAAUGAACUGCAUCUUAUGAUUUUUUAUUAUAGUAUGAAAUAAAACAAUCUUAACAUUCAAUGCAAUUUAAAUUAUAACCUUUGUCUAAUUUAGUUUGCGAUAAGAUGCACCGUAACAUACUUCGCACACUAAAUAUCCAAUUUGUACAAAAACGAUUUUUCAAGAGGGAUCAAGUAAGAGUUAGAUUUGCACCUAGUCCAACUGGUUUAAUGCACUUAGGAGGUUUACGAACUGCAUUAUAUAAUUAUUUAUUUGCUCGUGCGAAUAACGGUACAUUUAUCUUACGAAUUGAAGAUACCGAUCAGACCAGAUGUGUACCUGAAGCAAUAGAAAAAAUACAGAAUGAUUUAUUAUGGUCUGGAAUUAUAUCCGACGAAGAUCCAAUAAGAGGUGGGCCCAGUGGGCCGUAUAUACAAUCAAAAAGACUUGAGAUAUAUAAAGAACAAGUACUUAAACUUUUAAGUAAUCAAUCUGCGUAUUACUGUUUCUGCACAGAAAGCAGAAUGCAGUUAUUGCGAAGAGAAGCUUUGAAGUGUAGACAUGUCCCUAAAUAUGAUAACAGAUGUCGGCAUUUAAGUAAAGAUGAAGUGAAAGAGAAGCUGGAUAAAAAUCAUCCGUAUUGCAUUAGAUUUAAGUUAUCUUCUGUACCAGAACAUGUAGAUGAUAUCAUAUAUGGCAAAAUAGUUCACGAUAUUGCGCAAACUGAAGGAGAUCCAGUUAUCAUUAAAGCAGAUGGUUAUCCAACCUAUCAUUUUGCAAAUGUUGUUGACGAUCAUUUAAUGGAAAUAUCCCACGUUUUACGAGGAAUUGAAUGGCAGAUAUCUACACCUAAGCACAUAAUGAUGUAUAAAGCAUUUAAUUGGACACCACCUGUAUAUGGGCAUUUACCUUUAAUAUUAAAUUCCAAUGGUACAAAAUUAUCAAAGAGGCAAAAUGAUGUACAAAUUGAGUCACUCAGAAAAGACGGCAUUUUUCCAUUAGCAGUUUUAAAUUAUAUUAUACAUGCUGGUGGUGGAUUUGAUAACAAAGGAGGGGCUGAAUAUAUUCAAAGUUACGAAGAAUUGAUCAAACAAUUUGAUGUUUCGAAAAUAAAAGUGAAUUCUAAUAAACUUUUACCUGAAAAAUUAUUACAAUUUAAUAAAUUGGAAAUAUCCAAACUGAUAGCAAAUGACAAAAAUAAGAAAUUUUUAGUUGAAAGAAUUAGAAGACUAGUCAUAGAGGCAUUUCCAGACAGGAAAAAUAAUGCAGGUUUACAAUUGGAUGAACAUCAUAUAAUGACAGUACUAAAAUGGGGACAAGAUAGAAUAUAUAAAUUAAGCGAUCUAGUGACUCCAAAUUUUGCAUUUUUAUGGGUUAUACCGUCUUCACCAGUAAACGUUACAGAAUCGGGAUGUUUAGAUGUGCUUAAAAUAAUAAAUAUGAAAUUAAGCGAAACUGACAGUCAAAAUUAUAAUAAGACGUCAAUUAAUAGUUACCUUAAAGAAUUAGCUAACGAACAUAAGAUUCCAAUUGCGACGCUAAUGACUCUAUUACGUGGUAUUCUUAGCGGUUUAAAGGAAGGUCCACCUGUAGGUGAGAUGAUGGAGAUUUUAGGGAAAGAUACUACAUUAUUAAGAAUAAACCGUUUUAUUUCUUAAGGCUAAUCCUGUGAUCAAAUACAUUUGGGUGAAUCUACACACUAAAAUAAAUAAAAACAUGUAAUAUGUAAAUAUGUCUUACAUAUUUUCAUUUUCAACUUAUGGAUUAUUAAAGAAAAUGUUUCUACUACCCGUCUCGUGUUUUUUUCAGAAACCUAUAAACGAGCAAAU